CACUCAUGUACAUAGAUUUCCCAAUAUCUCUGCCUUCUGGCCUCACAGUCCUACAGAGUAUUUUGCAAGUUACUGCUACAAGCUCUGUCAAAUGACAGCUCACAAUAUGCAAACAAUGAAUGGUACUGUUAGAAUUUUCCUACAAAGGCUGGAUAAAAAGCACUUGACACUUUCAAAAUAGGAAGUUCCAGGCGAAAGGCAAAGAAAGCCUUCAUCUUGUAACACUGCACUCUUCAGCAGGGUUGGGAGUGCACAGAGAGUUUUCUACAGCCAUGGGCAUCGUUAGCCAAAUAAGAAUACCAUAUUCAAAACACAGCAGGAGAGUUUGAUGCCCAGUCAAACGUGAAAUCCAUCAUGGCGAAGUUCAGCAACAACCCAGCUGAGGAGGUGCACAACCGGCAAGUCAGAAUUGGAGGGCAGCCUUCUUUGGUCACGAAAACAGCGUUUGAGAAAUUUGCUCAACUGGAGAAUGCUGGCCCACCUGUCAAACCCAGCAGUUUUACCAAACCUGCACUUCUCAAAACUUCUGUGGGAGCAAAGCCUUCUCUUCAUGAUGCCUCAGACAAGGAUUCAAAGCCAUCCUCUUUGAAAUCUAGCCCAAUAGCUAGCAAAGUUGCUGCACUGGCCCAAGCGGUCAACAAAGACGCCAAUGAAAAACCUGGAUUUCCUAAGCCUUUGGGUCCCAAACCCAUAGAAGGACUAAAACAGGAACCUAAGCCGCUUUUUCCAAAGCCACCUGAAAACCGGUUAACUGGCUCUCUCCCUUCAAAAAAUGUCACAAGACCACCAGGACCAAAGCCAAACUUGAAACCAAACCUCCAAGAAAGUGAAGCAAAGCCUGUGUUUCCCAAAGUCCUGGAAAAAAUCUCUGCUUCACAGGAAAAUGACCACAAAGCUCUGUUUCCAAAGCCACCUCUUAGGGAAAAACCAGGUCUACACCCCAUCCACAAUGAAGAAGCUUCCAACAAAAAUGCACUUUUGAUCCGGGCACCUUCAAGUUCAGGAGGCCUCAAACCCAAAGUGAACUCGUUUCGGACUCCAAAAGAUGUUGAGGAAGAGAACAACAAGGGAGUGGAUCCCGCCGUUAGCCCCUUCCCAGCUUUGAAACAUGUUGUCAGUCAUCAGAACAACUUGUCUCCAGUCCACCCGAAGCCUUUAGCACAGCAGAUCGAAGAAGGAAGGUCAAGUGUCACCAAGAACAUUUCCAGAUUUAAUCAAGAAGACUCGGGACCACCAUCUGGUGCUCCUUCUAGUAAAUUUGUGAGUUCUGUCAAAGUGGCUACAACGGGACCCUGGGCCAAUAACUCAGAAAAGGAAGAAAGUGACAAGACUUUGCCGAAACGAAAGGCAUUACCUCCAUUAUUUAAAUUAGGCCCACCUCCACAGAAACCCAGCAGGCCUCCAACAGUUGACCUGGAAAGAUUUGGGAAAAAUAAGGAAGAAAGCUCUAACAAACUGCAAGCACCUGGCUUACCGCCUCCACUUCCACCAGCCAGUCCUGCCACACAAACUGCUGCCCCACAGCCACAGCCACAGCCACCAGCACCUCCUCUACCUCCAGGUUCCCACCCAUCAGCACAAGCGCCACCGAUCCUCCCUCCAAGAAACAUCAAGCCAAGACCUCAGGAAAAUGAAGAAAACUAUGAUGAUGCAGAAUUUUUUUCGGGAGGAACCGCAGAUGCAGAUGAGAAUCAAAAUGAUGAGGGUGAAACAUACGAAGACAUAAAUGAAAUGAGACCUACAGCUAGAGAGGAAGAAAAGAAAAAGGAGAAAGAGGAAAAGAAAAGAUCUGAUCAAGAGAAGAAAGAACAAAAAGAAAAAGAGAAAAAAGAACAAGAGACUAGAAAAAAGUUCAAAUUGGUGGGUCCUAUUGAAGUCAUUCACCAGGCAAGAGCUUGCAUGGACUUCAAAGGAGGGAAGAAUGAUCUGUCGUUCAGACAAGGAGAUCGAAUUGAAAUAAUCCGCAUCACAGACAAUCCAGAAGGAAAAUGGCUGGGACGGACAAGAGGCUGCUAUGGCUACAUUAAAACGACAAUGGUUGAAAUUGACUACGAUUCACUAAAAAGGAAGCCACAAGCCUCCAUCAACCUUCGCCCAAGACAGCAAGACAGUGACCAAGAAGUGUAUGAUGAUGUUGGGGACCAGGACACCAUCAGCAGUGGAGGUCAGAGUACCACAGGAAUGGGAUUCCCACCCCCUCCGUCCCCUGAUAUCUAUGAUGGAGUUGAGGAUGAUGACAUUGUACCAACAAAGUCUGUGUCACAGGAUGAAGAUAAAGGUGAUUCCUGGAUUUUGAAGAUUUUGAAAGGAAAAGAUUUCCAAAAGAAAAGUGUACGAGAGACAACACCUAAAGAAGAUAACCGAGGUUCCCCGGGUCCUUCACCAAAGCAAACAGGAAGAGAUUCAGGAGACAGUGAUGUUUAUGAUGAUGUAGAGCCAACAGACUUCCCUCCUCCUCCAAAAGAAAUGGGCUUGGGGAUCAAUAUGAAGCCUUCAAGUUUUGGAAAAGCCAGAUCAGAUGAGCGUGAUUCACAAAAAGUUAAGAAGAUAGAGAAAGAAGAGAAGGAAUUCCGCAAGAAGUUUAAAUUUGAAGGUGACAUUCGCGUUCUUUACAGUACAACCAUCUCACAAGCACCAUCUCCGAAAAAAAGAGGCUCAAAGGACUUGCCAGUGAGGCUAGGAGAAUCUGUUGAUGUAAUACAAAAUGUGGAUGAUACUAAAGUUUUGUGUAGAAAUGAAGAAGGAAAAUAUGGCUAUGUUCGAAGAAGCUGCAUAGUGAAUGAAGAUGACGAAAUCUAUGAUGACAUCGCUGAUGGUUGUAUAUACGACAAUGAUUAGCUAGAGACUUCUUCUCAGUCUGCGCUUCAUCGUCUUGGAGUUUCCAUUUAAUUGAUAUGAGAAUGAAAUUUGUGACUUGUGCUGGUUGCUGUUGCAUAAAUAUAAAGUUUUGAUUAAAUUUCUCCAGAUGUUUCUGGGUUAUGAAGGAGACCUCACAAUGGAAGGAUGGCAUUGUUGCUGAGUUUGCCCCUCUUUUCCUUGACUGAGACCAUGGUUGAGAUUUCCAAGUGACCACAUUUUUCUCAGUACAAUGUAUGGCACUGCUAAAGCACUGGAGCAGACAUCAAUUUCUUCCUCUCUUGAAAAGCACAUUAUAUCUAACGUUUCACAGAAGUAGUUGUGGACACUCUUGUAGUUCUAAUGCUACUUUUUUACACCAGGGAUCACUAUCUGAGGCUUCCUUAGCCCAUUACUGUUCUUCAUUUUGUGUUCAUUUACUCUUCAGUAAGCCCUGUGCUGGCUUUCAAAGCAGGAUGCCUUAGCAAACUGACCAUAACCAUUUGGUUUUCCUAAUGAGCAUAGUGAUGUUUCACCUCCAAAAAGAUCUGAUUGUAGUUAAUAUAAAAAAAAACUUAUGAUCACACACAUCAUGUGAAUGUUAUAUAAACCAAAUUUAACACCUACAUUAAAAAUAAAUAAAUACAUUCACAAUGUUUACUACAUAGCUUCGUAGAUUGAGAAAUGUGGAGUGAAGCACUGUACUGGUAUUUCCCUUUUAAUACACUUUGCAUACAUGUUGAUAUUUCUAUCCCUGUUUUAAGCAAUAUUAUAAAAUGCACAUGUCUUCUUUUUUGUAAGCCCUUUCUCCCUCCUCUGGGAGAAAGCUGUGAUACAAAGGGAGGGAGAGAAGGAUGUGCACACGCCCAUACGACCCAUAGCAUUAGGGACUGACAAUGGGGAAAAAAAUAACUGCAAGUACAUUCAAACUAAUGAACACUUUUAAAAGCAUCCUUGCCAUCUCUCCAAAAGACAAAACAAGGACAAAAUGUUUUGUGAGGGCAGAAAGCAGACACUGGACCUGAUAUAUACAUAUACCAUAGUUAGAGACUAUGCAAAUAUUCUUCUAUGUAGCCUGGAAUAAUCCCAGACCUCUUAUUUUCCUUUAGUUGGGAAUACAGUGAGCACUUUUAAAAUGUCAAUGCUAUUCUUUAAAGUAUAUUUCACUGGGUUACUAAAUCUUAUCAACAUUUUUUCUUGUCUUGCUGUGGAAUUUUGGAGGCCAAGGGGUCACUGGGAGAUAUGUGCAUAUUAUAAACUUUAAAAUCGAUGUCCACAAAAAUGGUACAUUUUACCUAAUUUACACAUUGGCUAAAAUACGUUUGUGCAUACAUUCCAAUUAUGCAUAUAUUGUUAUGAUUUGAAAAGGUAAGCACUAUUUUGCGUGCAGUGACUAAACUUCAUCUUGCAAGUUUGCAUAUUCUUGAUGGAUUGUGCCUUGCUUCUCUCAAGAGGUGUAAAAAGACUUUAGUAAAGACUAGCAAAUCCAAAAAAAUUAUUUUCCAUUCCUAUUUCUGAUGCACUUGGGGAGACUUAGAUUUCUCUUCGUUGACUGAACUGCUGUCAUCAGCUGUGCUACUGGAUAUAAAAUAAACAUUUUGUCAUAUUUAUUCAUUCUCAUAUCAAAUCACACUUAUUACUGUAUUUACUUGACUCUAAUGCUCACCUUUUUUUUUUUUUUUACUAAAUCACCUUGCCAAAAUUAGAGUGUGCAUUAGAUUUGUGUAAUAUGGUAACCUUAGUUCUGAGCCAAAGAAAAAGGGGAAGAUACUUCAGGAGCACUUACUAGGGGCUCCUAUUUGAGGAACGUCAUCUCUAAUUUAAUGGCCAUGGCUCAAUGAGAUGUAAUCCUGGAAUUUGUAGUUUGAUGAACCACCAGCAUUCUUCGACAGAGAAAGUUCAAGAUCUUGUAAAACUACAUGAUUUAAUACAAUUGAGCCAGAGCAAUUAAAGUGGAUUCAUUCUACAGCACAGAUGCAUGCCAAGAUUUUCUUUUCUAUUGUUGGAAACUUUGGUGUUCUAACACUUGUUUUAAAAUAAGAAAUUAUAAGCAUGCAGCCACUGUAAUGCGCACCUUUUGUGCCCAAAUUACAAAGAGUGCACUUUUUGCCGUUGCAUAUUACAUUUGCCAGCAAAUAUUUUUUAUUGAUUUUCAAGGUUUUGAAAAAUUGAGGGCGCAUAAGAUUCAGUGGUGCAUUAGACUCAAGUAAAAAUGGGUAUUUGAACCUUUUAAGGAAAAAACAGGCACCUAACCAUUGAUUCAAAUGGAUAAAGAUCAUAGAGCUAGUGGUAAUAGUGAAUGUAAAAGUAGCCAUAGUACAGAAAUGAAAAAUUAUCACUCCAAACGAGAUGCCACUAUCUUCCUGCUUGGAUCACUCACUAAUUGAACUCACAUAUCUGCUUUGGAUGACUACUGUAUACCCAUUACUUAUAUCUCAGGGCGUCAUGAGGUUCCUUCCAAACCUUGUACAUACACACUUCAACUUGUGUUCAUCCAUUCUUCAGAAUCCAUCUUACAAACACACAUCUUUUCUCUGUCCCAAAACACCAUGGAGACAUUCAUAAUUUGUUUAAAAAGGGGGCAGAUCUUGGUGGUUGCCUUACUAAGGACACUUGAUAUUAUAUAUGUUUAUAUAUUUAUACACACAUGUACUUUUGGCUACAUUCUGAGAUAUUAGGCUUGAGACCAUUGAUUAUAUGUUGUCCAAGAUAUUUUGGUGAAAGGAUGAUUACAUAUUUUGUUCUUUUGUUUUUUGUAUUUCAUUCUUAUUUUUUUCUGAUUUGGAAAAUAUUAAAAGAUUUUAUGAGUUUUCUAAA